AUGGCAACAACAAAUUCAGCAACAGUCACAGAAGACUGCGCUGUAUUUUUUGGCCAUCAUGGCCCGCUCAUCGCCAGCGGUGACAGAAUUGGCCUUCGCACCAAGAUAAAGGCUCAGCUCCGCUCGGUACAAGCGUGGGAUUGCGACACAUGGAUUGGCCUCGCACUCGACUUUCCCUUGGGAAAAGGCCAGGAGGCGAACGAGGAGGCCGGCUUUGGCGUGCGGUAUCGAGCCCCAGAACAUGGCUCGCAAGACAGGUCAAAGCUUUGCGAUUACCAAGAGAUCCGAAUCAAGUUUCCUCGUAACUUCUCCUACGAAGUCCAGCAGGGACAGUUGCCGAGUACGUUCACGAACGAGCACCUCAGCUAUGUAAAGAUUUAUUUUGGUGAGGCUCGGGCUACAAUCGAAGGCUUUGGUGUCCCAUUCGCGAACCAAGAAGAUCACCAGGUUGAAAGCUGGAUCAACGGAAACGCCCCCAUCGUAUGGAAGUACCAUCUUCUGGACAUUCUCCAGCAGCAAACUCUAUACCUGGUCUUACCCGCAAAAAGCAGUCUUGUCAAGAUCCUCGGUACUGCUCAAAACUCAUCGCCUUUCCGAUACCCUUACAGCGAAGACUUUUCUUGGGAUCUUACUCGGUUUGAGAAAGAGCUCCGAGAAAACAAGGGCCAACAGUUCUCGCCACUUUUCAGUCACCCCACUGAUGUUUCGCACAUGACAGCUGUCAGCCAGUCUAUUGUACAGGAUGUAGUGUGGCUACGCCAGGCAACGGAGCGGUUGGGGUAUACGUAUUCGAAGUCCCUGGGAUAUACAAAUCCGAGGUUCGUUGACCGGCUUCAUAUCCCCUCAAGGAAUCCCGCGCGUAUCCCAGCCUACUUCUUUUGGUGUAAGGCGCCGGAUACUGAUACUGACGGCAAGGAAUGCCUUCACCUUGCAAUCCCAUUUUCUGAGCCACUCGUGAAGGCAAUUGGCCCGGCUUCGAAGCUCCUCAUUCAACAGAGAAUCUUCAAGCUGCGAAUUUUUAACUCGCGCGAAAGUCAGAAAUACGCCGAGGUAGAAUGGUUCUGCCGCCUUGCGCCCUUGGGAAAGCUGGAUCGAUAUGCCCGACAUAGAAAAAGCACUACUGAUCUGAUCUUGGUGGUUAGGCCAAAAAUAAACAUGUACGACUUCCGUGAUGUGUUACGAGGCGCAGAUCAUCCCCGCAAGAAGCGCGGCCAUAUCAUCCGCCGCCGCCACCCUUUUCUUGACAAGCUCAAAACGUUUGACGACCGCCAAAGUGCCAACGAAGCGCUAUUGCUUGACGGAGAAAGUUGGAACUACGUUUCUCUAGGAUUCCACUAUGAAAUCAAUCAACGGCAGCGCCAGGUUGAGGCUGCCCUCUCGUUUCAUCCUCAGGCGCUCCCAUCCAACCCGAUUGCAUGUAGGGUGGCAACAAAGGUUUCUUACCAUGGUUAUGAAACAGAUGACUUGCUAGAUGACAUGAACGAAGAGCAGCAGCAGCUAUUUGAUAAAGUCAAAGACAGAAUGGAUCUACAUCGAUCUGUUUUACGCGGCACCGGAUUCUAUGACUGGAUGACGAAGACUGAUGGCAACAGCAAAUGCAGGCCACUCCCAACGAUUAACUUUCUCGAUAUUGAUGAUGAAACUUACGUCAAUGCCAUCCUCGAAAUGGUCCUACCCAAAGAUCGCGCGCGUUUCAGAUCUUACCUGAGCAACAGACCACUGGGCAUUGGCAUCAUCACAGGUACUCCAGGAUCCGGAAAGACAUCAUUGGGCGCUACUGCAACAUUGGCUUUACAGACAAAGGUCGACCAAAUUCUCUGCUCAGCGCCUACCAGUACGGCCGUAGACAACUUCGCAUAUCAUCUCGAUAUGCAAACUCGGGAUAUCACAGAAAAGUUGAACGCAGGAAAGUCUCUGGAUGACCCAACCCGGUAUCGUCGCAAGUUGACCAUUCGAUUGUACUCACUCGACGAAGAGGUCAAUGCCUUUUACACGCUUAUUGCGAAGCCUGAACUCGGCAAAGAAGUUUUAGAUGACUGGAAACUCCCAGGAGAGCCCAAUACGGAUGUCAAUUGGAAGUUCCAUUUGUCUGCUGCCUACUGGCUUUUGCUUCUCUUCAGAUCGCCCGCUGUUGAUCGGAGUCUUGGACCCGAUGAUAGCUUGGCUUUGCAUAAGAUGCAGAAAACCAUCGAUGAAGAUGAACAGCUCGAACCAAUACGAGGCGGCUUCCCGGAAGUUAUCACGGAACAUCUAGACGAUCAUUUCUCUGGUCUCCUGGAGAUGUUACUUGAAGAAGCGGACAUGCUUUGCUUUACACCAAGUGCUCUAGGAAUAUCAUAUGGAUCAGAAAUACCUGCAAAAUGGAAGAGGAGGGUGGCACAAGGAGUUGUAAUUGAUCAAGCAGGAACAAUGGACAGACCUGAUCUGUACCGUGUCUGGGGAAACACGUUACUUCCAUGCUUCCUUAUUGGAGACACAAGAUCGGAGCCGCUAACAAUUCAGACUCCUAGUGAGACAGAACUAGGCUCUGAGAACUAUUACAAUCGUUUUGCGGGGGACGGCCAGCUCUCUGGUCUAGAGUUCCUUCAAGCAUCUGGCCUUCCGGUCUUUCGUCUCGAUACACAAGUUCGUAUGGCCAAGGGCAUGUACGACUUGGCUGCCCAAGUAUUUUACCCCCAGCUCCCGCUUCAGUACCACCAGCCCGACCACAACAUUGCCGAUCAGCAACCAGAUGUCGGACGAGAGCUCGAAGCCUUUGUGCGAAUGAAGUAUCCAAAGAUACGCAAACCGCCAGGCGGCAUUCUGCACCAGCCAUUGUUCAUUCAUCGACAGAACUCAACGAUUUACAAGGAUGUCGACGGCUCACAGGCCUGCCAAGAACAGGACAGUGCCAUCUUGAGUUUUGUUGCUGGGCUAGUCACCCACUCAGUCAUUGAUCCCGAACAGAUCGUCAUUCUGACACCUUGGUUUGCCAAUACUGUACUCAUCGAACGCAAGCGCAACCAAAAGAGGUUCGAACUUUUGAAGAAUAUGCCGGAAGCCGCCACCAUCGAAAGCUAUCGUGGAAGAGAGUCCGAUAUCGUUGUCGUGGUGAUGUCCACCACGCGUGACACAGGGCCCGACAUUACUGCGAACGAGCACUUGCUCAUCACCAUGCUCACCCUCCACAAGAGCGGAUUGGUUAUUUUUGGGGACAUUUGUACGAGUGGAGUGAUCGGAGAAGAUCCCACUGGGAAGCUCUUCAAGAUCAACAAGCCUGGGCAAGAGCUCAAUGCGUUGCAGAGGAUUGAUGAGACACUCUUUGAUGAGGGGCGAGUCGUGGUAUUCUCUACCAAGCUGGGGAAGUCAUGA